CUUUCUGAUCAACGGAAUGAGGCAUGAUCCUCCGCCCAAUUCAAUUUCGUCCCGUAAAGGGACGCCCUGUGCCGCAACUCUUCUUUAGGAAUCCUCUGUUCCAGCGCUCCUUUUACGCCUCGCCAACUCGCUUUGAUGACGGAAUUCCUAACCACUAUGCAACUCUGGGCAUAGACACGACUGCCUCUGCUGGAGACAUCAAGAAACAAUUCUUCAAGAUGAGCAAGCAACACCACCCAGACCGCAAUCCAGACGACCCAAAAGCCGCCGACCGCUUCGUGAAAAUCUCCGAAGCCUACCACGUCCUAGGCAGCGCCGAAAAACGCGCCCGCUACGACCGUGAUUUCCUCCGCGCAAACCACCCCCCAUCAUCCAAUCCCCAAGGCUCCUACAGUAGUACUGGUCCAGCAGGAGGUCGUCCAGCUACUGGUCUCAGCCGUCGCCGAACUCAGUUCAAAGGGCCGCCCCCUUCAUUCUACAGAAGUGGUGGAUAUGGCAGUUUCAGCCAGAAGCGUUCGGAUGCUGCGAGUACAGGAUCGCAUCAGUACGAGGCUGCUGGUGCCAGUACGGAUAGCAGCAGUGCGCAGGACGCACCUGGUACUGGUCCUUCUGGCUUCCAAGCUGGUUUCAACAAUGAUGUGCCGCAUUUCGAUCGCGAGGGCCAUUUCCGGACUCAUGAUAAUGUCAUGAAGAACAGGCAUAGAUCAAGACGGCGAACGGGAGGUGUCAGUACCGACGACAUUUUGAACAACACCAGCAUGUUGUUCAACUUCGUCCUACUCAGUGGUGUCUUGACAGUCAUCUUUGGUGUUAGCGGCAUGCUCUUUAGAAAGACGGAUGAGAAGAAGAAACUAUAACGUUACGACGCUUAGAAAGGAAUCGAAUACACAACCAGCAUAUGGCGGGCUCUUGUCUUCAAGGAGAAAGGGCUUGUGUACAAUUUUAUACUGGGCUUUAUUACAACUGGAGUAGAAUUUUUGGAUAAAAAAAGGUGUGCAUAGCGGAUGUCGCAUGAUGCGCUUCUCUUUCUAUUUCUCCUCAAAAAUACAUGACACAUGUCUACAUGGGCGAUUUUUCGUUUAACCCUCGAAGACGAAGCUGGUGCCGAUCUUGUGGCCAGCCUCGUUGAGCUUGUUGGUGUCGAGCGAAAGACCAACACCGAAGGUGG